GAAAUGUGUUAUAUACCACAACCGAAUUCGCAAGACACUUCGUGCAUGGAUAAUUUAUCGCGCUCGUACUCAUACGAAUCAGUUGGAGCAUUCUUUUCUGAACUUUGUAAAGGCUAAAAUCAUGAGUGGAGCAGAGGAAAGCGCUUUCAAAGAAAUAACGGUUGCAGAUUGGGAGUUUAACGACUUUUCAGUGCAUAUCACAGUGAUGUUAUUCUUGCUAACAAUGGUUUUGAUCAAGAUAGGUUUCCAUCGCAUCCCGUACCUGAGUGAAUAUGUUCCUGAGUCGCUCCUGUUAAUCAUACUGGGUGUCAUAUUCGGCGCCAUCAUCAGAUACGGAGUGAAAGUGGGAUCAUAUGAAGCGACCGUUUGGGUCCUAACCCCGACGCUCUUUUUCAACUAUCUCCUUCCACCAAUAGUACUCGAAUCCUCCUAUUCACUAUACAAUCGGACAUUUAGUGAGUAUCUUGGAGUAGUUUUAAUUUUCGCCGUGUUCGGGACUAUCUGUAACUUCCUCAUCAUUGGUUUUGUCAUGUAUGGACUGGAGAGAGCCGGGGCAAUGGGCGACGCUGGCAAGUACUUUGACCUGAAGGGCCAACUUUUGUUCAGCUCCCUCAUCGUUGCCGUGGAUCCCGUAGCAGUGCUGGCAAUUUUUCAAGAUAUUGGUGUCGAAUUAUCCCUGUACUAUAUUGUCUUUGGUGAGUCGUUGUUAAACGAUGCUAUAACCGUGGUGCUAUACGAUAUUAUGUCGGCCUUUGCUGGCAGAGAUACUGUGACAGGUCAACAGAUUGGCGUGGGUAUUGCUUCUUUUUUCACUGUCAGCUUCGGUGGCCUCCUCAUCGGUGUGGUGGUUGGAAUUAUUUCUUGUCUACUCACACGAAUACGAAGCCACUUGAAUGCAUUCAGUAUGAUAUUACUCGCUUACUUCUCUUACAUUAUGGCGGACUGCGUCGGUUGGUCUGGUAUUAUUUCCAUGAUCGGUUGCGGUCUACUACAAGCAGCGUAUGCGUUCCAAAAUAUUGACUAUGCUUCAGUCACAAUGGUGCACAAACUGACAAAAAUAGUCUCCGAAAUAUGCGAAUCGGUGAUCUUUUUGUACCUUGGGAUUGAAAUACUGAAUUCAAAUUUGGAAUGGCACACUGGAUUUAUUUUGUGGAGUCUCGUACUCUGUUUGGUGGCUCGUGCGAUUGUUGUCUUGGGCAUCACCGCAAUCGUUAACGCGGUCAAUGUGGACGGAACGAAGAUGCCUUUCUCAAAUCAAUUAAUCUUGAUCUAUGGUGGAUUACGAGGCGCAGUAGCUUUUUCCUUAUCUGUUCUUGUGGUACCGGAUCAGCUUGGAUUUCAUGGACUAUAUGGUAGACGUUUGAUGAUAACAGCGACCUUGUUUAUCAUUGUGUUCACAGUGGGAUUUAUGGGGAUGACGAUGAAGCCGCUCGUUAAGGCGCUUAAAAUACGUAUGCAAGCAGCAAAUAAACUCAGUUUGUUCACCGUCUUAAAUGACAACGCAUUAGAUGAAAUGCUCGCUGGCAUCGAGAUUAUCGCCGGUAACAAGGGUCGCAAUGUAAUCCGGGACUUUUUCAUACGGUUGGACGAGAAGUAUCUUCGCAAGAUACUACAAAAUAAACCGGAACCUUACAGUAAUAAACUGAUGCAUGUGUAUGAAAAGAUCGCUUUGCAGCUCCACCUAGCCUCUACGAUUCCUCAGGAAAUGGAAUCUUACUUGACAGAAAUACCGGAGUCAUUGCGCACCAAAUUCUUGUCCGCCCAACUGGAAACUACAGCGUUGGGCUUGAGGAAAGACAGCAGACAAAUUGACACAGACAAUAUAUUUCCGGCAAUCACUGAUUUGGAAGCAGCAGACGAGCCAAUGGCAAAUGUAAAGACAGCAGCCAAAUUUGCUGAAUAUAUCCGUUCUCCCAGAAAGGCCAGCAUCAUCCCAAGAGACAAGCGUCAAAUGGACUUUAAUGAAGAGCUUGCGGAUGUUAUGCAGGCCCGCCACAGGUUCAUAAAACACAGCGCUGACCAUGCUACGGAUGGUGGGACCCAGGUCAGAAGAGAAUCCGGUGUUCCCAACCUUGGAUUCGUUCCAGAAGAAAGUGAGGAGAGAAGAGAAAGAACUCGAACGGAGAGGGUCAGACGCUAUUCAAUCUGGCCGAGUGAUCAAAGCGAUGUAGAUUAGGACUGUGGCCAAGACUCUAAACACAUGUAACCAACUAUUUAGCGUAUUCCUCACCUCAAGAUAGCCAGGGAAGUCGCAUAUAUGUAAGAGAAAGACAAUUGCAUUGCCGACAUACUUAGCCAUUAUCAUGUUCAUAUGAAACAAAACGGUUAAGUUCGCACAUUUAUAAUUAGUCAGACAUGUUGUCCGAAAUAAUACGCAUUUUGCAUACAAAUGUGCAUAUCAGUUACGAACAUCAAGUAUUUAUUAGUAGUUGUUUCGUUGCCCAUGUUGUCGUUUUCAUACUAGUUUAGAGAAUCA